AUGAACGAAAGCGGCGAACCGUUGGAAAUUCCCGAUACCGAUCUUCGUCAAAUCUGCAUGCAUCAUCUGGCCACCGAGAAUUUCCAUUUUCAGCAAGCUGUUUCCGAAGCGGAAAACAUUUGGCAGCGUGCAACAACUUUUGUCAAUUUCGCUGUCAUCAUUCGUAACAAGACGAUUGACUGGAAGCAACGCUUCGAUCGUUUCGUGUUGGAGUUCACCAAUAAAGUCGAAUGGACCACUAACGACUAUUUGGUUUGCUUCGUUAAACUGAACAGCUUUCGAAAUGAACUUCGUGAUAUUAUCAAAUUAUAUCACAGCCAAUGCGCCGCGACGAACAUUCAUCUUCCAAGUUCCGCAUUGUUUUUUUGA